AAUUUGUAUGAUUUAAAAUAACCAUUUUUUAAAAGUCCUAACAAAAUCAUAAAAUAACGGAAAUGGAAUGACUCCGCGCGUCAACGAAAGAGAAGCUCAUCCACUCAGAAGCUGCCACGUUACACGGUCAUUUGUUUAGGUAACGAUUUAAACCAUGAACACUACUUUGCCUUUUAAACGUACUUUCGCUUCUUCUUCUUCUUCUUCUUCUUCUUCUUCUUCUUUCUGUUGACAGGGCAAAAUUCCAUGGGUUCCAUUACCAGAAAGUACAAGAUGAACAGAAACGACGGCAAGGCGGUCCCUAGAAAGAAGCCGAUGACGAUGACGGAGAUUUUAACAUCAACAAGCUCUACACUUGCGACGAUCAUGUUCGCCUGGUCGAUCAUCCGUCAGUACUCUCCUCAAGGGCUCCGCCAAUAUUUCCAGACAUAUUUUAGUAAGUUCAUGGAUUAUAUCUAUCCUAGUCCGUACGUUCGAAUUGCUAUCUACGAAUUCGUUGGUGAUCGUUUCAGUAGGAACAAAGCCUUCGCGGCGGUUGAAGCGUAUCUGAGCGAUAAACUUUCAGACGACGCUAAAAGACUCAAAGCCGAAGUUGGAGAAAGCAAGAAUAACUUCUCAUUGAGUAUGGAUGAGUACGAAAGAGUUACUGAUGAGUAUGAAAACGCUGAGUUCUGGUGGACUUCGAGCAAAAUCGCCGGAUCGGCUACGAAAUCCCUCUCUUUGUAUCCAGAUACCGAUCGAAGAUUCUACCAGCUUAAAUUUCACAAGAAGCAUCGAGAACUUGUAAAAGAAUCGUAUCUGAAGCAUGUAUUGAAGGAAGGAAAAGAAAUCAGAGUGAAUCGGAGGCGGAGGAAGCUUUACACUAACGGAACAGGAAACCGAUGGCUAAUUCACCGGUCAACGACGUGGAGCGAAGUUUACUUCGAACAUCCUGCAAGUUUUGACACAAUCGGAAUGGAUCCAAUCAAAAAGCAAGAGAUUAUAGAAGAUUUACUAACAUUUAGCCAAAGUAAAGAGUAUUACGCUCGAAUCGGCAAGGCGUGGAAACGAGGUUACCUUCUGUACGGCCCGCCGGGGACGGGGAAAUCAACGAUGAUCGCCGCCAUGGCGAAUUUGCUAAACUACGACGUUUACGAUUUGGAAUUAACAGCAGUGAAGGACAAUACAGAGCUUCGGAAGCUUCUAAUUGAGACGACGAGCAAAUCGAUAAUCGUGAUUGAAGAUAUCGAUUGUUCAUUAGAAUUCACUAAGCAAAGGAAAAUCGUGGAAAAAAAAAGCUCAAAUGAGGAGAAAGAGAAGAAGAAAGCAAUUAAGGAACCGAAGAAAGAAGAAGAAGAAGUGAAAAGCAAAGUAACUCUGUCUGGAUUGUUGAAUUUCAUCGACGGAAUUUGGUCAGCUUGUGGCGGAGAGAGACUGAUCGUUUUCACAACAAAUCACUUGGAGAAGCUUGAUCCGGCAUUAAUUCGUAGAGGAAGAAUGGACAAACACAUUGAGCUUUCUUAUUGUAGCUAUGAAGCUUUCAAAGUGUUGGCUAAGAACUACUUGAAUGUUGAAACACAUGAGCUUUUUGAAGAGAUUAAAGAGCUUUUCAACAAUGUAAAAAUGUCGCCGGCGGAUGUCGCCGAGAAUCUCAUGCCGAAAUCACGGGAAGAAGCGGAGGAGCAUGCGCUUCGUAGGUUAAUUGGAAGCUUGGAAGAGACGAAGAGAGUAGCGGAGGAGAAGAAGAAAGAGAAAUCAAAGGAGACUUCGCCUCCAAAGAUAGUCGACGAAAAAGAGAGACCAUCGGAAAUAGUAAAGGAAGAAGAGUCGUCUUUAGAGUGAUGAAUGAUUGGUUUAGGUUAAGAACGAAGGGGGAAAUGAAGCAAUUAUUAGUAGAUGGAGAUAUUCUAAACUAUGGGGUUUGUCAUUUUCUUCUUUUGUCAAAGUUUCUUCUUGGCUCCCUAAAAGCUUAUAUUUAGUCUUAAAAUAAAGAUUGAAUUUCCCACA